AUGAUCUUAGAGUGGAAGGCCCAAGGGUGGUUUCCCACGCGGCAGCGCGAACGCGCAACGCAGAAACGCUGCCUCGCAAGAGCCAAUGCGCUCCAUGCCACCCCCGCGGCCCCCGAACCCCCCGAUGAUACCAUCGGGCACCUAGUUGCCGCCGCGGUGGAGGCAGACCAGGCCGCCCGCCAGGCUGCCUCCACCCGGUCCGCUGCGGCGACCGCUGCUCUUGCAGCAGCAAUUGAGCGCCCCGCGGCGCCCGCCGCCCGCUCCAACGGCGUGUGGGACCGUCUGGCCGGCCUUCUCGGCUGA